CUCAUUUAAUCACGGCGAGAAACAACAGAGGACAGGGAAAAAAUGGCGUUUUACGCAACCAAACAGCCUCUCUUGUUGUCUCUCCUCCUCGCCAUUGGCUUAUUUGUGGUGGCUGCAUCUGCCGGGAACUUCUAUGAGAGCUUUGAUAUCACUUGGGGAGAUGGCCGUGCCAACAUAUUCGAGAAUGGGCAGCUUCUCACUUGCACUCUUGACAAGACCUCCGGCUCGGGUUUUCAAUCCAAGAAGGAGUACUUGUUCGGUAAGAUCGACAUGAAGCUCAAGCUUGUCGCUGGAAACUCCGCUGGUACCGUUACCGCAUACUACCUUUCGUCGAAAGGAGAGACAUGGGAUGAGAUUGACUUCGAGUUCUUGGGAAAUCUCACGGGUCAGCCUUACACUAUCCACACCAAUGUGUUCACCGGAGGUAAAGGCGACCGCGAGAUGCAGUUCCAUCUCUGGUUCGAUCCCACCGCGGAUUUCCACACCUACACCGUCCACUGGAACCCUGUUAACAUCAUCUUCCUUGUGGAUGGGAUCCCAAUUCGGGUGUUCAAGAACAACGAGAAACAUGGGGUGGCUUUCCCAAAGAACCAACCGAUGAAGAUAUACUCAAGUCUCUGGGAAGCAGAUGACUGGGCGACGCAAGGCGGUCGCGUGAAGAUCGACUGGAACAACGCACCAUUCAGCGCCUCCUACAGGAACUUCAAUGACCAAAGCUCAUGCAGCAGGACAUCAAACUCAACAUGGGUGACUUGCGACCCAAACAACAACUCGUGGAUGUGGACCUCUCUCACUCCACACCAGUACGGACAGAUGCAGUGGGUACAAGACGAUUACAUGAUCUACAAUUAUUGUACUGAUUAUAAAAGGUUCCCUCAGGGUCUCCCCAAGGAGUGUACUAACCUUGAAUGAUCCUUCUAUGAGAAUUUUCGACCACCUCAUCAAUAACAUAUUUAUUUUCCUUUCUUUCUUUUGAUGUUACUUCUUUCUUUUGAUGUUUCUGAGCUACGAAUACGAUAAUACACACGUAUAUGUAAUCUUCCAAGAAAAUAUUUUUUUUGUUUUGUUUUAA